AUGAGUUACCCAAACUAUCCUUCGGUACAGUUUCCGCAGCCGAAUAUUACUCGUGUCUCUCCCUCGCCCGCUAACUACCAAUAUCCCACCCUUCAACGUCGUCCGUCCUCCUCUCCUUUACUUCAAAGAGAGAGAGAGCUUUCACCACCGCCCCCUCAACAGAGAAGAAGCACCGGAAGUUCGCCGAUGAAUACAAUGGAAAGCACAAUUACUCAACUCCUUGUCACUACAAAAUCCUUGUUGGAAGCUUUGACUGCUUGGUCUAAUGGGCGUGUGACUGAGCAACAAGUUUCUGAUAUUUAUGUAAAACUAGCUAUUGAAUUAAAUCAUGUUGUUCAAUUAUUUGGGCAAGCUGGUGUGGACACGAGUAAUAUGACGAAUAUUCCACAAGAAUUGAAAGUAUGCCUUGAGAAUGCUCUUUGUGAAGAGGCUUCUCCUUCUUCUUUGGAGAACCACCUUCCUAAAAUCAGAGAUAUUAUAGUAACCUUGUUACAAGCUUUGAAGACUAAACAAAGCAUAUAUCGUCAGACUCAAAAUAAUUAUGAAAGUAAUAGUCCACAACCGACUUCUCCCAUUAAUGGGCCCCAAUCAAUCUUCUCUGUGAAUCAAAACCCAUCUCCUCCUCCUACUGCUUUAAAACGUGACACUCUUGAACGUCGUGCUUCAAGAAGAUUUUCUGCUUGGGGAACUGGAAAAAAACCUAACUUUCGUCCUCCUAAAAAAAUGAAUUCUGUACAACCACCUGAAAUUAAAAUACCUGAAGAAGUUGAAAACGUACAGGAAGAAUCAACAUUAAAACCUAAUGGUUCUGCUGUAACAUCUCCUAUAAUUUCUCCUAUAGAACCUAUACCUCAAAAUGACAAAAAUGAUAAACCUAGUUUAGAUAAACAUGACGAGAAGGAUGACGUUAAAGAUUCUAAUAAGAAAAAAUUUAUCAUUUUAUAUUUACAACUUGGAAAAGAUGUCAAGAAAAUAAAAUAUGAUGGAGAUAUAAAUAUGACUGCAUUACAAAUGUUGUUUGUUGAGAAAUUUCAAUAUAAUCCAGGAAUGGAAGAUUUUCCCAAUAUCUAUAUAAAGGAUCCACAAGUUGGUAUACUUUAUGAAUUGGAAGAUCUAAGUGAAGUUAAAGAUAAAUCUAUUCUAGCUUUGAAAAUCGAAGAUUUAGAACAAGUAAAAAAGCAUAUAGAUGAAAGUAUUGCCGGGUUAACAAAGGAGAUACAAGAUAUCAAAAAAUCCUUUGCUGAAAGUACUGAAAUAUUUCGUCGUGGAAAUUUUACCGCUCCUAUUACCCCUGCUACGCAAAAUUUUAUACCUAAUAAACCUUCACAACAACAAUCCAUAUCAUCAACAGAUGAUGUUGAUUCAAUAAGCAAAGAUGAUAAAAAAUUAGAUAAAUCGAAGGAUAAUUUAGUGAAUAAGAUCACUAGUGAUCUUAAAAAUCAUUUUCAUGAAGUUCAAAAUCUUCGAAGAGAUUUAGGAUCAAUGCGGCAGAUUUAUACUGAAUUUCAGGGUGAUACAAAAAAAUUGUUCGAAACUUUGACUGCUCAAACCGAGUCUGUUAAACAAGUUGCUUUAACGAAUGUUGGAUCCUCACGUUCAUUCAUUGAUAGUGGUAAAACAAAAUUGGAUGCUCGUUCAACUGAACUACUUGGUAGAGUUGAUGAACUUCAAGAUAUUAUAGAUAGAAUGAAAUCUGAUGUCGUAAAGAGAGGUGCUAGACCGCCACAAACAGAAAUUCAACACGUUAAACAAGGAUCGGCAGGUGUUGCUAAAGAGCUUGCAUCUUUGCAAGAAUAUGUAAAAACUGUCAAGCCAACAUGGAAGCAAACAUGGAAGCAGGAGUUACAAACGAUUGUUGAUGAACAACAAUUUUUAAAUCAUCAAGAAGAACUUUUAGAGGACUUACAGGAAGAUCACAGAAAAUUAACCGAAGUUUUCAAUACUAUUCUUAAAGUUAUUAAAACCCCAAGUCAAACAAAAGUAUAUGUACCUCCGGUAGCGGAAGAAGGUUUUGAGGGAAUAAAAUCUGUUCUUCAGGAAGUUCGAGGAAUUGCUCCUGAUCAUGAACGGCGAUUAAAAGCUUUGCAAGCUGCUGAAAAACAGCGUGAACGCGAUUUAGCCAAUCGUAUUGAUGAAUUUGAGGCUGAAUUGACAGAUUUUGUUGCUCAGAAUAAAUUAAAAAAGACCGGUGGGGCGCAAGAAAUUGAAAGACUACGUCAAAAGAAAAAUGAAGAAGCAUUGAAAGAACUUUACAAGAGUGAAAAAAGUUAA